UCCUUGUACGUUACCUUUGAGUGUUUCUCAGUCACUGAUGUGGAAGCAGUGCACAAUGGCUAGUUUGGAACCACAUAUUAUACACAGAAUUUAAAUGUACAUUGCUGGCGUCUAUUCUGAUCUGAACAACGUUUCCAAAAGUAACUUAUUAUCAAGUUCUAAACUAUGGCAACUCCAGCUAAAAAAGCAAAAACGGCCGUGCUUCAAAGUACAGCAGAUUAUGGUACAACAUGGAUUCGCAUUUGCGAUGCAUUCAUUCGCACAGAUGGACGUAUUAUUUGCCCUGUUAUUAAAGCAGAAAGGUCUAUUCAAGUUUUCUACAAACUUCAGGAAAAGUCAUUCAAAGAUCUUCUUGAAGAUGCAGCAAAAAAAAAUGGACUGAGACUGCAAGACAUUCAAUACAGCAAGGAAAAUGAGUGCAAUAUUUUCAUUAAGUUUGCAAUCUUAAAUUCGUCCAAUGAUGCAGUGAAUCAAUGUAAGCUGAGGCUUCGGCUGAUGUUAACAGAGAAACUAAAAGUAACAGAUAUAUUGAUUGAUGAAGUUCAAGGUACAGAAGAAACAAUUCCACAGCCAAUAAUUUCAGAAACUGACUUUGAAAUGCGCAAACUAAGCUUGUGCUAUGAGAAACUUUCUGCAUAUGCUGGUGAACGUGAUGACCUGUACAUUGCUGCAGAGAACAUCAAAGCACACACAGAAGAUUUGAGAGAUGUCUACACUAAGUUUGCAGUACUUUCACAGAACGGAAAAGGGAAAAGUUUCAUCCUUAAUCUACUUCUGCUUCUGACUGCUGAUAAUGAAGAGGAAUAUGAGAAAAACAAUAAGGACAGAAAAUGGCCACGUGAUAUUCCACAAAAUACAGCAGUGGAAGAUGUACCAGAAAAAGACCUCCUUAAUCUGCCAGAAGUGGUAAAAGAUUUUCUUAAAACUGUUGAAGACAAGACAAAGAAUUUUGGUGCUUUAACUGGUCCUUUAUGUCACCAGCUUUCUCCUGUUGAAGAUAUUAAGACAUCAUUGAAAUCACUCUCAGGUAUCGACACAUAUUUUUCUAAGAAGAAACGGCAUUGUAUUGAUCCAUACGUUCUUCCUCAGAAGGAAUUAACGGGAAGCUACCAGUCUACUACAAAAUGCAUUGUGCAUUUGCGGUAUGGCACACUCUACCAACUAAGUGUGAAUUACUUCAACAUUGAAGAGCUCCAAAAUCAACUAUUUGAGCUGAUCACAUUAAAUGAAAACGAUGGUUCAAAAGAAGUAGAAAUAGCACUGGAAUGCUUAAAGACCAGGUAUAAUCUUCUAACUGGACAGGACAUUUUUGAGGAUAAUCAGUUUCAGCAAUUGAAACAGAGGGUCAGUUCUCCUACAGACAUUACCAUUUCUGAUGAAGUCCAGAAGUUUGCUGGAAUAACUGAAUUGUACUAUGGACAAGGAAAAAGUUCAGCACACGACCGCCUGGCUUUACAGGCGGUUUUAAGAGGAUUAACAACACCCCAAGAGGAAGAUGAAGACAAAGGAGUGGAAUUUUAUAAGAAAAUUUCUGCUGUCAAGAAGAUUGUGGUUUAUUUGCCCAGCAAAAUACUAUAUGGUGAAAAGGAAAUUUUGGAAAUGCCAGGAACUGAUGAUUCUGACCCAAUGGCUAUGGAUUUUAUUUAUAAUGCUCUAAAAGAGGUGGAUGGUGUAAUCCUAGUGAAUGAAUUUUCCUUCAAAGUAUGUGCAACGGAAGUUAAAAACAUGCUCAGUGGAAGUGAUUUUAUAAAACAUUUGAAAAAAGAUCCCACUAAUUACAAACUGAUGCUUCUUUCCUACCCAGAAAAGAGCAACAAGUGGCAGUUUGGAAAAUAUGAUGAUAAAGAAAUAAAAAAAGUGGAGAAUGAGGAGAGAAAGAAGAGAAUUGAAGAACUGAAGACUAUAAGCAAAGUUAUAAAAAUGGAUCCUUUAGAGGAAACUCUAGCGAACAAUAUUAUGACAUCAUAUAUAUUGCCAGUCCUGCACACUUCAAUCCUUGCACAAAAAGAUGUACCAGAAUAUCAAGUGCUCAUUAAUUAUGAAGACUUUUUAAAGCAUACCGGAAUACAAAAUCUCAUUGUUCAGCUUGAUAAAUUUGUCUCAUUCAAACGGGAAACCCAAAUCAAAGAGAUAAAAGACCGCCUUUGUUCUUUUCAAAAAGAAUUACAAGUACAUGAAAUGAGCAUGGCUGAAGCCAAUUCAAUAGAGCAAACUUGGAAAAACAAAGAUGUUAAAUUCCUAUAUGAGAAUUUAAACAGAGAGAAUUUGCUGACUGAUCUAAACAAGAACAUUAAAGAACUCCUAAAAGGAUCUGUGAGUAAUCACAUCAAAGAAACGUUAAGUGGAACUGUAAUAACAGCAAAAGAUAAUUGGAAUAAAAUAAAAGGAUCGAUAACUUCAGUUGGCGUUUAUAGUCCUUAUUUUUGUGGCAAAAACCCUAUAUAUAAGGUAUGCUUAUACUAUGUUUUUUUUGAUGGCCUUGAAGACAAGAUAUCAGAGGUUUUUGAAAUGAUCUCUUCGGAAAUAAAGAGAUUAAUUGAGGACUACAAAGGCAAAGUAAUUCAACAAUACACUGAAAAUCUAAGCACCAUGCUAAACAGGAGUCUUCCAAAAGAGUUUGUUGAAACGGCCAUAGAGAAUCAUCUGGAUGAUGCGUUGGAGUGGUAUGUAGGCAAAAAAAAACGCCCUUUCAACAUAACUACAAUGAGAAAAUUAUUUGAAGAGAGUCAAAAACGAAGUUUGAAAGAUAAUAUUUUGACACCUAAUUUCAAAAAAGAUUCUCUGGAAAAUGCAAAGAUAAAGACAGAGAAAAAACUUGAAUAUUGCAUAACGAAAGUGAAUGACUACUUCAUUGACAGCUUGUUUUCACUACAUGAAGAGAGAUGGAAAAGUCUCACUGGAAGACUUAGCACACCUAAAGGGUCUUCAAAAAUGUGGCAACAGCUGAUCUCAUAUAUAAAAUUGGUGGCCAGAGGAAGAGAGACUUGUGAUGUAAAAGAAAAUUUGUCAGCAGUCUGUAAAAUGACAAACUUUGUUUGUACUUGGACCGGAUGCUAUUAUUGAGAUGUCAGCGGAAUUGUAUUGAUCAUUCCCAUGCAGAAGAUCUAGGUGUCUAUUUCAACAACAAAAUUAUAACAAAAAAUGUGAAGCAUCCUUUUCUUAUAGAGACUUAUUUAGCAAUGUAUGCUUUUUAUCACAUUUUUAACAUAUAGAUCUAUAUGAUUAUUUUAGGUAUAAUAUUAGUCAUUCAGUAUAAACAAUUUAUUACUCGCUAUAUAUUUCUUAUAUAUUCCCUUAUUACGUUUUCUGUAUUGCAACUGUUAGACAUUCCUUUUUCUCCUUACUCAUUUGGAUUUAAUUACUAUUUUUUAUGGUUCUACCCUAUUAAAAGCCAAUAAAGGGCUAGAUUAUAAGUGGAGCCCUACUCGUCUCUCCCGCUCGCGAGUUAACUGCACUAGAACCAAGCUUUUUGUGCGCAUCGAGUAGCACAAGUAUUACAAGUUGAAAUUAAAAUGUUGUUUGCCUGCGCACUAACCGAACAAGCGCAAAAAGCCAAAGUUAAAAUAUUGCAACCGCGUUAACGUAUUCCCCCAUACACUUCAAUGGAGCGAGAAGGAAAAAAACCUAUGCAUAGAUAGAUAAAUAGAUAGAUAGAUUGAGAUAUGUAUAGAUAUGUAUUUAUGUGUUUAUAUGUGUAUAUAUGUCUGUAAAUACAUAUACACACAUAUAAACCUAUAUAUACAUACAUAUACAUAUUUAGACAUGUACAUGUGUAUAGCUCUAUGUUAAAAGCCUUUGCAUGUCUUUUUUUCUUACACCUGAGACCUCAUCUUUGAGCCUUUAUAACUUUUUGUGCAAUAUUUUUUUUAAUAAAUUUUUAUUAGAUAUUGUAACUGUUUUUUCAAAUGUAUUUUUCAUGUGUUUUGUGACACUUUUUUGUUUCACGUAACAGUUAACCAGAGCUCUAAAGAUGCGGUAAUCAUUCUAGCCCAAAUCGUCAUUGUGCUCACGUGUUCACAUUUACUUUCAACUUGUAAUACAAGUGCAUCUUCCAACACACGCAAACAGAUGUGAUUAAACCAGCUGGCGCGAGCCACUUGUGAUCUGGCCCAAACUCUAAUAUUAUUUGUCAUAGAGAACACUUGUUACCUAUAGAGUUACUGGAACUCUUCAUUGUGUGUGUUGUAGGGAGAUAGGAUACGCUUGUUUACUAAAUUAAAACCUUUGUUUUGCAAAGCUUCUGACAUCUAACAGGACAAAAUAAUCAUUGUUAAAAGAUAACACUUAACAUUUUUUAGGAAAACAAAAAUUUGCAGAAGCUAUGCCAGCAAAAAUAUGAGUGAAUAUGUGACAGAGAAUAUGGCAUACAAAUCCAAUCCCUACAAUAGCUCUCAUUAAAUGGACACUAAACCCCAAGAUUUAAGUAGAGAAUACAAUUUUAAACAACAUUACAAUUAGCUUCUAUUAUCUCAUUUGCUUCAUUCUUUAGAUAUUCUUUGUUGAAAAAAUAGCAAUGCACAUAGGUGAGCCAAUCACAUGAGGCAUCUAUGUGCAGCAACCAAUCAGCAGCUAUUGAGCCUAUCUAGAUAUACUUUUCAGCAAAGGAUAUCAAAAGAAUGAAGCAAUCUAACUAAUAAAAGUAAAUUAGAAAGUUGUUUAAAAUUGCAUGAUCUUUCUAAAUCAUGAAAGAAAAAAUGUGGGUUUCAUGUCCUUUUAAGCUCAAAAUAACAUGCAGGUAUAACAUUCACUAUAGCUUUUUGCAAUGGCAUCAUCUCUACCCUUUCUAUUAAAUCUUUCUAUUAAACAUGUUGAAUUAAUCAUUUUUUAGAAUUAACAAUUUAUAUACUAGGUUUGCCUAGAAAUGGUACUUAUCUGUAGGAUUAAGACAUUUUACAUAUUUUGCAUGCAUUAAUGUAAUCAUGAUUCUUGUGGGCACAGUCCACUUAUACCAUAUUUUUAUUUGGAUUGUAAGGCUGGUGAAAUAUAUAUAAUGUAAUAAACAAUAUUAAAGCUGG